AUGAAGGAGCCUGAGAAGGUCACUCCAGAGGAGACGGUUGGAGGGCCAACUCCAGCCUCAGCCUAUCGUCGACCUAAUGGCGCUGCACCACAAAUUGCAGGAGACCCCUUGUGUCUUCCACCAGGCGUCGAUUCUAGCACAUUCAAAACCUUUACACUACGCUUAGCUGACAUUGUGGGUCAGGAGAAUACUACCAUCAUUGACAAGGCGGAUGAAUUGAGACAAGACUCCUACCUGAACCCUAGCAAGGUGCACGACAUGUUCUAUAUCUUGGAGAAAGAGUACUUCGUGGCAUCUUGUGUGGUGGCGCCAAGAAAUGUCCCAGAUGUGCAGGCUAUCAUGAGGCUCUGUAAUGAGUUCACUAUCCCAGCCUGGCCUUUCAGCAUUGGAAGAAAUGUCGGUUAUGGCGGUUCAGCACCGCGUGUACCAGGCAGUAUUGGCAUUGACAUGGGCAGGAAUAUGAACAAAGUACUUGAGGUCAACGUCGAUGGUGCUUAUGCACUUGUCGAGCCUGGGGUAACCUUCUUCGAUUUGCAUGAUUAUCUGGUUAAGAACAACUUGAGGGAUCACUUAUGGUGUGAUGUGCCCGAUCUAGGUGGAGGCUCAGUGCUAGGGAAUACGGUUGAGCGAGGUGUCGGUUAUACGCCAUACGGAGACCAUUGGAUGAUGCACUGUGGAAUGGAAAUCGUGCUACCCGACGGUUCUUUGAUCAGAACUGGCAUGGGAGCUCUUCCUGAUCCAGACGCUGACCCUAGCCUGCCACCACAUGAGCAAUCUUGGAACAAGUGUGCUCAUCUCUUCAACUAUGGCUUUGGGCCAUAUAACGACGGUAUAUUCAGCCAAGGCUCACUGGGAAUUGUGACGAAGCUCGGCAUAUGGCUUAUGACAAAUCCAGGUGGUUAUCAGAGCUAUCUCAUAACCAUUCCACGAGACGAAGACCUGCACCAAGCGGUUGAGAUAAUCCGACCUCUGAGAGUGGGAAUGAUCUUGCAGAAUGUACCGACCUUACGUCAUGUGCUCCUGGAUGCGGCUGUGAUGGGUGACCGAAAGACCUACACAAGCUCGACCAAACCAUUAACCGAUCCAGAGAUAGAUGCGAUAGCUGAAAAGUUGAACCUGGGACGUUGGAACUUUUAUGGAGCAUUAUAUGGUCCUCCCCCAGUUCGUGAUGUUAUGUGGCAGGUAGUCAAGGCCUCCUUCGGCAAGAUCAAGGGCGCCAAGUUCUACUUUCCGGAAGAGAUGCCCGACAAUCUUGUGCUCCAGACACGGCAUGAUACGCUUCAAGGCAUUCCUAGCGUCACUGAGCUCAGAUGGGUGGACUGGCUACCGAAUGGUGCUCAUCUAUUCUUUUCGCCUAUCGCCAAAGUUUCAGGUGACGAUGCUGUAGCACAAUAUGAGCUCACCCGCAGGCGCAGCGAAGAAUUCGGAUUCGACUUCAUCGGCACAUUCGUCGUGGGCAUGCGCGAGAUGCACCAUAUCGUUUGCAUCGUCUUCGACCGCAAGGACCCUGACAGCAGACGACGAGCUCACAAACUUAUCAGCAUCCUGGUGGACGAUGCUGCGAAACAGGGCUGGGGCGAAUACAGAACGCAUCUAGCGCUGAUGGACCAAAUUGCUAGCACGUAUUCCUUCAACGACAAUGCGAUGUCAAAGCUGAAUCAGAAGAUCAAAGAUGCGCUCGAUCCGAAAGGAAUUUUAGCACCAGGAAAGAACGGGGUGUGGCCAAGUAGUUACGAUAAAGAAGCUUGGAAGGUACCCUUUCGAGGGUAA